ACUUGUUUAUAAAGGACUGAAAACAUGUUUUCUUUGUCUGAUGCCAGGUAAACAGGACUAACCAUCAAUGGGAGGAGGAAACAAAACUUAUGUGGUUGAAUUUAUCUUGCUGGGACUCACACAGGAUCCUAAAAUCCAAAUCUUGUUAUUUUGUGUUUUCCUGAUCAUCUACCUCCUUUCUGUGUUUGGAAACCUGCUGAUCAUAAUCCUUAUCCAAAUCGACUCUCAGCUUCACACACCCAUGUACUUUUUCCUCAAAAAUUUAUCCUUUGCAGACCUCUGUUUCUCCAUGAGCAUUGUGCCCCAGAUGCUGAUGCAUUUCCUUUCAAAAAAGAAAACCAUUUCCUUUGCUGGAUGUUUAGUGCAGAUAGUGGUCUUUCUCCUAGCAGGGUGUACAGAGUGUGCUUUGCUGGCAGUGAUGUCCUACGACCGUUAUGUGGCUGUAUGCAAGCCCCUGCAUUACUCCACAAUCAUGACCCAGAGGCUUUGUAUCCAGCUGGCUGCAGUUUCCUGGAUAAGUGGUGCAUUUGCAUGUUCAGUGGACAGCGCAUUUACACUGAGUAUUCCGUACCAGGGACAGAAUGUAAUUAAUCACUACUUCUGUGAACCUCCUGCCCUUGUAAAGCUGGCUUCAGCUGACACCUACAAUGCUGAGAUGGCUCUGUUUUUAGUGGGUGUGAUUAUCCUCUUAGCUCCUGUCUCCCUCAUCCUUGUCUCCUACUGGAACAUCAUCUCCACUGUGAUCCGGAUGCAGUCGGGGAAGGGGAGGCUCAAGGUCUUCUCCACCUGUGGUUCCCACCUCACCGUUGUGGUUCUCUACUAUGGCUCUGGAAUAUUUGCCUACAUGAGACCUAACUCCAAGACAAUGAGUGAAAAGGAUAAGGUAAUCUCUGUGUUCUACUCAGUAAUGACUUCCAUGUUGAACCCCAUCAUUUACAGCCUUAGGAACAAAAAUGUGAAAGGGGCUUUCAAGAAGUUGGCUGGAAGAUUGUACACAUCCAAAGGUAGUGACACUGACAUUUAAAUGGUAUUUGGAACCCAGUGACUGGCAAAAUAGCUCUAAUAUUCUCAUCUUUUCCUUCCUUUACUUUCUUAGCUUAUU